GUCAACUCAUUACAGGUUGUGAUUAACACAACACUCUAUGACUCAUUAGAAAACACCGCCUUUUCAUAGACCACACGAAUGGCGGCCAUCGAUACGAACCCUUCGUCACAACUUCGGCACUCUUCUCAACCCUUUGCACCCCUUAUGUGGCAUACGAUCGAUGGAAACCAUUGGUCUGAUUGAAUAGCAAACUGUACUGAAUGUGUGAGACAUUGCAAUGAAUACAGUGUAGACCUGUUAUCACAAACUGUUUCCAAUCCUACGACAGUUUGCACUUCAAAAUAGUGUUCACAAGUGUUUCUAUUAAUCAGUGUUAGUCUGUAUUUGCAUUAAAUAACAUUCAGAGUGAGACAAACAGACAAUAAGUGUACAAAAUUAGACAACACUUGAGAGAUGUCUUGGAAUCGAUUGAAUCAAAACAAUGGUAACACUCUAUGGAUGGGAGACGUGGAGGAAGUGAUGGACGAGCGCUUCAUUAGGACUUCGUUUCAUCUGAUGAGUCAAAACCCAACACAUGUCAAAGUGGUUCGCCAUAAGACUGGUCAGGCCAUUGGAUACGCUUUCAUAUCAUUUGAGAGCCAAGAAAUGGCGCUACGAGUGCUCAGAGAACUGAAUGGACAACAGAUACCAAAUGCGGUUCAAGGGAAGAGAUUUCGCCUGAAUUUGACGAGCAGUCGAGACCGAGAGGACAAUGAGUUCUCCAUAUAUGUGGGGGAUCUGAGCCCAGAAGUGGAUGACUUCACACUAUUGAAUGCCUUCUCCAAACACUAUCCCUCGACCUGUUCUGCGAAAGUGAUGGUAUCGGAGGGUCAGAGCCGUCGGUUUGGUUUCGUUCGCUUCAACGAAGAGAACGAUUAUCGAAACGCUUUAAUACAAUGCAAUCAAUCAACUAUUUUGGGUCCCAAACCUAUUAGCGUGAAGGCAGCGAAACCGCGCCGUCAUUCCCGACACUACAACAUUCAACACUAUAGUCAGGGCCAACACAAGGGCCGCCCCUCCGAAGUGGUGGGCAACGAGUCAUAUGUGCCUCAACCACAAGCACUCGCAGAAACUGGCGAAACAGUGUACGCGUCCGACAUGAAUGUCAAUUACGCUCAGGCAAUGACUGUCUCCGGCCAACCGAUUCUCUUCUACAACCCAAUGAUGCCAUACAACGCCUUACCACUGGCUUAUGAUCCCUAUUCAAUGUAUGGUCAAACCAGUCAAUACGGGCAACCCGUAUACUACCCGAACUGUGAUAUUCCCUAUUCACUCAUUCCCGGACCGAUAUAUAUGGCCGACGGAAACAACCAAUACAUCGACGAUAAACUCAAUGAAGAAAUGAUGGCUAAGAAUGAGGAUUUGUACGCGAGUAUUGAGAGCAGCCGUUGGUCAACACCAAUAGAUGGUGAGAAGGAGCACAAAAUGCAAUAAACUGUGUCUCUAUUAACGUAUGUUAUUAUCGAUUAUUGGCUCAAAACAAAUGGUUCUGUGAUUAAUAUUUUGUCGUCAAUUAGUAUAAAAGAGAAAAUUGUUAUUUAAAAAACUGAUAAAAACAUUAAGUCAAUCCAUCAUUACAUUAAACUUUGUAUGUCUUUCAAAAUGUUUUUCAGCAGUUUUACGUUCUCUGUCUUUAUAUAAAACUAAACAUAUUUUAUAUUUGUUUUACUUAUUGUUUAAUAUCUUAUAAAAUUGUUGUCUUAAUUACACCCAUAAUUCAUUUUAGUUAACUGUAAAGCAAAAAAUGUAUAAACAAUUAUUUUAAUUUUUAAACCAUUAACACUCACUUUUAGCUUCUUUUAAAAGUUGUUUUUAUCAAACAUUUCUAAAAUUAACCCAAAUUUAAGUUUCCUUUUCUCUUUUAUUGUCAAUAAAAUCUUUGUUUUCAUUUGUUUAUAUUUAAAA